UGAGAAGGGCUUUUACAGCAGUGGGGAAGUAAAAGUGUGUUUACAGAUAAGGCAUGAGCAGAAAGAAACCUUAGAUUUCCCUGUCAAACAAUAUCCAGUCACAUCUCAAGUCUGGGUAAGACUGAAAUGAUUCUGCUCUGCCUUCUGUGUGUGAGAGUGUCAGAAAAAGCAGCACUUUGGCCAAGUCAGUGUUUUAUUUGUCUAACUAACCCUCAUCAUCUAAUUAGUCCUACUGAAACCAAGCUGUCCUGGCCCAGGACUCUGCACUGGAGCGGGCAGAACUCGGAGUUCAGGUCAGCACAACUGCUGGCAUUCACUUGUUUAUAACCUCUGAACAAUGAGUGCAGUUUCCCCUCUGCAGCUCCAGAGCUGCAGCUGCUGGGAGGAGCAGAAAACUGAGUUUUGGCAGAGCAAAAGUCAUUACAGAGGAGUACAGGAGUGCUGCAGUGAAGGCUGCUCUGGAUUUGAUAUACUUUUGACCUUUUGGGAGUGGCAUGUUGACCCCUGCAAGUAAACAACUGUGCCUACAUGCCUGGCUGACUUGGAUUCAUGGAUGUUGUAGCCAUAAGAGACAGUGCUGAUGGCCCACUUAGUCACACCGCUGCCCUGAGCUCUCCAGCAGCGACUGUGCCUGUUGAUCCCACAAAAUAACAGAGGGGAAGUCCACAGGGAUGGAAACAGCCCCAGGCAGACUGCAGAGACAGAGCACAGGCUUCCCUGCUUGAGCUUUUGCUGGGCAGCUGCAGCACUCCCCUGCUCCUCCACAGGACAGCUCUGGGAAGUUGUCACAGCCAUGACACUUGAAGAGGGCAUUAGAGUGAUCCAGGUGGCAGAAAGGGCUCGCCAGGGCCGUGCUCGAGCAGCCUUCAUGAGGAGAAUUUACCUUGAAGAGAAAAGACAAAGUAAAAAAGAGGAGCAAGAGAUGGGCAAAAAUCCAGAUGAUGCUGCCACUUGCAUUCAAAAGGUCUGGCGUGGCUACAGCCAGCGCAAGAAAACAGAGAAGCUGAGGGAGGAGGAAAUGGUAUUUCUGGGCAUGAGCCUGCCUCCUGAAUUGGAGGCAAUAAGCAGUUUGCAGAAAGCAAAUGUCCUGCAAGGUGAAGUCCAGGAAGGAGAGGACUUAGACUUCAGGCCAGAGCUGAGGAAAACAGAGGGGCCCCACAUCAAGGAAACCCUCCAGGACCAGAUCACCCAGUGCUUCCUCGAGUGCCGGCAUAUCACAGGCAGGUUUCCUGACUAUCCCCCUGAGAGGACAGGUGGUUCCAAGGCUAUUUUUAUUGAAAAACAUCCAGAGCAGGUCGCUGAAGAGCUGGCUGCCAAAAGGGAGAAGGAGAAAAAGGAGAAGGAGAAGAAUGGGAAAAAAGAGAAACAAGCGGUCAAAGCGAAAAAGCCAGAAAAAGUUGGAAAGCAAGUAGUGGAUCUAAGAUGGAAAAUUGGUCCAAGCAAUUUCCUGUCGAUACUGGAGGAAGGAAGCUCUCAGUACCAAGUCUUUUGGGAGAACAGAGAUAACAGAUGGGAUUUUCUCCAGGAUCAUGACCCGGAGCUGAUCAAAGGAGGGGAACGGGAAGAAGUGGAGGAAGAGAUCAGAGUGCAGGUGGAUGAAGUGAUGCAGGAGAAACUGCUGAAGAUCAAACAGGCUGUGGAUGGAGAGACAGGUCCUCAGAGUAAAGCUGGGAAAGGUGAAAAGGGAAGCAAGAUACCUGCAAAGAAAAAGAUACCAGAGCUGGAGAGAGAUCUGACUCCUGACAGGACCAUUGAUUCCCUGUACCAGGAACUUGCAGAAGAAGGAUUGCUCAUCAGAGUCAAGAACGUGAAUCUCUCUGACUACAUUGGCUACUACGACUGUCUGAGGAGCAUCCCCCGUGGGACAGGUGCCCAGCCCAUGCCCUCCAUCCCAGAAGUCAGACAGCUGGUGACACUCUAUGGAAUAUUGCCCUUGGGUUCCCAGAUCGUCCAUGAGAAUGCUCCUUUGGUGAAAUCCCUGUUGCUGGCAGGACCUGCUGGUGUUGGAAAGAAAAUGUUGGUCCAUGCCAUCUGCACAGAAACAGGAGCCAACCUCUUCAACCUCUCUCCUUCCAACAUUGCUGGGAAGUGUCCAGGCAGGGAUGAUGUCAUAAUGAUGCUUCACAUGGUUCUCAAGGUGGGCAAGGAACUGCAGCCUUCAGUCGUGUGGAUUGGAGACACGGAGAAAAUGUUUCCCAAAGGGGCACCAAAGGGAGAAGAAGAGGUGAGUGCCAAACGCCUGGCAAAGUUCCUGCCCCAGUUCCUGAGGGCUCUGAAGCCCAACCACAGGGUGCUGCUCGUGGGGACCACCAGCAAGCCCUACAGUGCCAAUAUGGGACCUUUCUUCAAAGUCUACCAGAAAAUCAUUCUCCUUCCAAAGCCUGACUACCUGACAAGAUUAGCACUAUGGAAGCACUACAUCCUGCAGGCUGGUGGGGCCCUCAGCCAGCGGGUGAACCUCAACUGCCUGGCCCAGGUGUCGGAUGGCUUCACCCAGGGACACGUUGUGGACGUGGUGCACACUGUGCUCACCGAGCUGAGGCUGCUGCAGAUGGCCAGGAAGCCACUGAGGACUGCUGAGUUUGUCACUUCUCUGGCCAGACACGACCCAGUGUACAAAGAGGAGGAGGAAAUGUUUCAGGCCUGGUAUGCCAAGACACCGAUUGGGAAAGCAUGGAGCGCAGCACAGGAAGCAAAGGAAGAAGAAAAAGAAAAAGGAAAGAAAGGAAAAGGGAAAAAGUAAUUUCCUCAAGGAUUUUUCACCUGGCCCUACCCAGUUCCCAACUCUGCUUCACUGGGAAGGCACAGCAGAUUAAUGCUCCUCAAGUUAUAGAUAUUCCAGGGAAGAGAAUUCCUCUCCAAAUUAAUUUUUAAAAGUUUAAAAAAAAAUAAAUUAGAUGAGAUGUAACAUGUAGCUCUCAGAGGAUAAAGAGUUAAUGACCACUGACUUGCUCAAGCAUUAUUUAUUCUAAGAGAUUUUAGGGGGCAGAAGGGUUCAUUACUCAGGCCUGUAACAUGCCAUCAACUUUUAGGCUAUACUCAUUUAUUUCAGCAAGUAACUCUCCUUAAAAAUUGAUGUCAGUUUAAUGUCUUUCAUUACUUUAAUAUCCUAUAUGCUUUAUAAAACUAACUGCUUUAUGUAUCUGUGGGUCUAAAGCAUUACAGUCCUCAAUAAAACUAUUACAGCUAUAAAGACUGCUUUUUAAUUGGGAUGGAUUAGGAGGCACUUUGUGCAAUCCA